AUAGCCUGGCAUCACAUCAGAGACUCCAUCCACCCACCGGCGGCGCGCAUUACUACUACAGUACUACACACCACAAGACGCGCUACUGGCUGGCUGUGACUGUGAGUGCGCGCCAACGUCGUGGAGUAUCGCGGACCCCCGCCACUCGGCACACAAUGGACCAGAGCUGCUGAAUGACGCCAGAGGAUUGUGGUCCACUCUGUGAAGAAAAGGAUCUAAAUCAAAGCCGAGCAGAGGAAGAAGAAGAAGACCGUGCGUGUCGUCUGUGGCCGGCAUGGCGUGCUCCGGUAAUAGCCGCUUGUGGACUUGGCAGGUGCUCUUCACCGUCUCCAUGGUUCUAAUUCCCAUGUCCACUCACGGGAGGCAUUCAAUGAGCAGGCGUCACCACCAUCGUAACCAGUCAUUCGUCAACCAAGAGGCCUUGAAUACAAGGAUGGUUCUAAGCGACGACUCAGCAGAAAGGGAGCACCUGAUAGAAGCAGGGAUCCCCCGUUUGGUCAAACACCAUCAUUCCCAUAAACACGCCCGUGUACGCCCAGUAGAGGAGGAGCCUCCUGUUGGGGAGGAGCUCACCGGCGGCGGAGGAGGUGGACCAGAUCAAGGCGGGAACCCCUUAUCUGACGACAUCAUCACCGUGGAGUUCCACAGCCCAGCACCGGAAGUCGUACAUUCCGAUGUUGAAUCUCACGUCGCCAAGCUUCCGAAACCCCAGAAACAAAAAGGCAGCGGCCCCACAGCUUGGACACUCUCAGACUUUUAUGACUACCUAUCACCAGAUGAUGACCUCUCUGCAUCAGACCCCACCCCAGAACCUGAACCCACCCUUUCACCACCGGUCUACAUGGAGGAUGAGAAUCCACUCUUGGCUGGUUCUCCCGCUCGUCCCAUUAAUGUGAAACCCGCAGUGGUUAAGAAGCCCGUCUCACCUGAAAUGUCCCAACCGGGACCAGAUUUGAGUCUGGGUGGCGCCUUAGGGGGUGACGGAUGCAGGCUGGGCUUUGUGCGGUCUGGACCCGGGAUGUGUGUAUCUCAGUGUGAUGCUGAACCCAAUUUCUGCUUCAAUGAAGGAGUGUGUACUGUGGUGGCGGGAGUGGGAGCCUUUUGCAGGUGUAAUGUGCAGGACUAUAUCUGGAACAAAGGAACGCGCUGUGACUGGGCCGUUACAGAGUUCCAGGUCAUGAGUGCGGUGGUGGGCGUGGCCUCUGUGGCGCUCCUCCUCCUUUUUAUGAUCAUCGUAUUCUUUGCCAAGAGGCUGCACCAUCUCAAGAACGAAAACAAGCGGCUCCGCAAACGCAGUAAAUACCGUCCACAGAGCAGCGAGCCUCAGACGGACGGCCUCUCCGUAUCAACCACCGCCGACGGCUCGCAGCCAAACGUAAGGAAACUGUGCGACUCACCUCCGCCCGCCCCCCAAGCUCACACUCACAACCUGGCGUACUAUGACAACAUUAUCUGUCAGGAUGACCCCCAGAAGCAGGAGGACCCGGCAAAGUCGCCUCCUCCCAAAGAAGAGGGCGCCAUGAACAUCCUCAACUCUCAUUCGCCCAAACACGAGAACAACCGUCCCACUUCUGUGGUCCAUGACCACGCCCCCAACAACACAGACGACAACACCGAGCUAACGGCCGCCCAGCUGCUCCCUCGCUAAUAAUAACUCAACACUCCACUGACCCCGCUUUUGUGCCACAGUAGUUUGCUCGCACGCAUACACACACACACAAACACAAAAGUGUCCAUUCAGCACCACGGACAGCCCCUCUAAGCGCUUUAGAACGCCACAAGAGCCUGAAAUAUACACAGAGUGGGUUCCAAUACCUGUGCAAUCUAAUGAGAUCCAAUACCAGAAGGGGGAAGCAUGUAGGAAAAAAAGGCAUAAAUUACACAUAAUGGUAGAAAGUAUCCUCAAAAUGUGUUUAUUAUGGAGUUAUCAUUGGUGUUGACCUGCUUCUCAUUAUUUAUUAUAGGAAAAACACUAUAAUAGGCUGCACGGCGGUCGAGUGGUUAGCGCGCAGACCUCACAGCUAGGAGACCAGGGUUCAAUUCCACCCUCGGUCAUCUCUGUGUGGAGUUUGCAUGUUCUCCCACGUGCAUGCAUGUUUUUUUUUUCCGGGUACUCCGGUUUCCUCCCACAUUCCAAAAACAUGCUAGGUUAAUUGGCGACUCCAAAUUGUCCAUAGGUAUGAAUGUGAGUGUGAAUGGUUGUUUGUCUAUAUGUGCCCUGUGAUUGGCUGGCGACCGGUCCAGGGUGUACCCCGCCUCUCACCCGAAGACAGCUGGGAUAGGCUCCAGCACUCCCUUGUGGGGAUACGCGGUAGAAAAUAAAUGAAUGAAUAGUAUCAGAGUAUUAAACAGAAUUGAGGGAUGCACGGUUAUGCAGUGGUUAGCGUGCAGGCCUCACAGCUAGGAGACCCAAAUUCAAUUCCACCCUCGGCCAUCUCUGUAUGGAGUUUGCAUGUUCUCUCUGUGGGUUUUCUCCGGGUACUCCGGUUUCCUCCCACAUUCCAAAAACAUGCUAGGUUAAUUGGCGACUCCAAAUUGUCCAUAGGUAUGAAUGUGAGUGUGAAUGGUUGUUUGUCUAUAUGUGCCCUGUGAUUGGCUGGCGACCGGUUCAGGGUGUACCCCGCCUCUCACCCGAAGACAGCUGGGAUAGGCUCCAGCACCCCCUGCGACCCUCGGUAAAAAAUGAAUGAAUGAAUGAAAACAAACCUAAACUAUAAUAGGAAAGCAGGAAGUGAACAAAUGUAACAGUUACUGAUUGUAAAAGUACCAGAUGGAGGGGUAGGAUUUAAUAAGCUUUGCUUCUUCCUACUCCUUUUUGGACAUGCGGAACUGUGAACUGAUUAUGUGAUGCAUUCAAUUGUAAUCUGAUGCAUGUUCAAAUAAAAUAAAACCAUUACCGUUAAAAUAUUUCACUACAUUAGAGGAGUGAUUGGUCACUUUGUUUUCCAAUCCACUCUUUUGCAUAAACUGUAACAGUAAUGUUUACUAUUGCAGUAAUACAAUAGUAAUGAGAUUUAUUGAUGUUUCCAAAGUGAGUGUUACUAUUGUGCAGGUGUACCUAAUGCAAUGUUUUUAUGGUCUCCUUUAAUUUUCAUAUACACACAUACUAGCUUAACCCCCCCACCC